AUGGCAUUUCCCUUUAUACGCAUACAGGGAGAAAAAUCCAGAACAGUUGAACAUCCGAAAGACCUCGGGGAAAUACCUAUUCACCUGGAUGUAGAGGGUAUAUCACAAAAAGAAUAUGAUUCUUCUCGAGAUCUACUGAAUGCUCUUGAAUACGAUUACCAAACCCUUAAAGAACAGAACCAGGCACUUCGCGAUCUUCUCGAAAUCUUUAAAACUUAUCUCAGGAAUGUGCAAGGCCCGUUCAUCAAUAUAAAAAACACAGCCGAUGUAGCCGUAAUCGCCACACUUGGAUCUUUUCCAUGUUCAGAGCUGAACAUGAACGAUGUCAUCACCUUUCAUGCCACAUCUGUCAUCGACAACGAUUUUAAGUUCAAAGAGAUUGGACGGGGAGCCUUUGGACGUGUGCUGCUUGCCCGACAUACCACCAGCUCGGACACCGUUGUCAUCAAGAUGUCUGUCAUCCCGCCUUUCUUUUCUCCAGAUAAGAUUGAGUCUCAGAGACGGUCAAACCUUGGUCAGUUCACAAAGGAAGCUGUAGCCUCAGAAUUCCUAUCCAGAAGCCGGCACUUCCCGAAGUUGUACGGUACCCUGAUGCUCGAUGGUGACAUGUGCAUUGUUCAGGAAUUCAUCGGCGACAAAAAGACAGGGAAUGUUUUCCCUUUGCUGAACAUAAUGAAGAGUAGCCCAAGUCCUUUUCUGUCUCGUCUCAGCUUAUUAGGUAUUGCCGUUGAUGUCCUGGAGGGCAUAGCGUUCAUGCACUCCAACAGAUUACUUCACAACGAUAUCAAAGCUGACAAUGUUCUUCUUGAGUUCAGAAAUAACCAUUGGCAAGGGUUUAUCAUAGACCUUGGUCUCGUUAGUACCAUCGCUUUUCCACCACGCAUAACCAUCAAUGAAUCAAUUAUGGAGAACCAUAAGAAGCUUAAUGUAAACUUUUAUCUCGCACCCGAGGUCGUCGACGACGGGGCAGCUUUGUCCCUGGCCAGUGACAUCUAUUCUGUAGGAGUCCUGCUGGUGAUCAUUGGCAGAGCCGCUCGCUCUCAGGACUUGAUAUCUAUGGGGAAUUAUUGUUCCCAGAAAGCACCCAUGCUUCGUCCGCGUUCCUUGAACGAUGUGUUGUACAAAGUUCAAAGUUUGCAGGGGCGACUGGCACUUGAGAAAAAAAUAGGGAUGUAG